UCCUAUUCAUUGAUUCACUCUCCAAAUAUCUGUAAUUGCUGGGGCUGAACGAGGUCAAAGCUUGCAACUGGGAGCUCAGUAUAGGUCUCCCAUGUGGGUGGCAGAGACCCAGACUCUUGAACCAUUGCCUUCUGCCUCCCAGAAUCUGUAUUAGUAGGAAGCUAGUACUAGUACCUGGAGCUGAAACCCAAACCCAGUUACUCUGUUUUGGAAUAUGGGAGUUUUAACGGGUAUCUUUACUGGGAGGCUAAAUGGCCGCCUGAAUAUACUCACUUUGUUUGAGUGCUCAGGAUUCUGUUCAAUUAUUUUCCCUUAAGUGGUUUAUUUUUCCCUGAAUGAAGAUAUUACUAAAACUCUGUAAAAUUAAUGGUAAAAUAAAUUAUCAGAAAGUCUUCAUUUUGAAAAAAAUUUUCAAGAAAUUGAAUAUGUAUAAGUAUGUAUAAGAUGAAGUGAAUUUCUUAAGUGUUGACAUUUAUCUUAAAGGAUCUCUUAGAUAAAUCCUCCCUGUCUAAAUGAUAUUCCUUUCCAUUGCAAAUAAUACAGUUCAACCCAUGGCACUUCAGGGGACAUUAUAAGUAAAUUACCACUAUUUUAUUUCACUGUAAUUUAAAAGCAGAAACCUCGUUUUGGGGGUGUUUGAGUAUCUGCAGUGAGGCAGGAGCCCAUGGGAGCAGGAUUCCCAAACCAACUCUUUGUGCAGACACAGGAGAAUGCCAUCUUUAUAAAGCCAUCAAGGGGCCAAAGCUGUAUGUACAGUGUCAGUGAGAAGCUGAGGAGUCACACAUCAUCUGACAUGGUCAUUGCUACUAGGUGUUCAAACUGCUAUUUGGAAGACUUUUUUUUCUGUAAGUAUUUUGGGGAGUUGUAUACUGGAAAGUCAAACAUACGUGAUACUUACAAUUUGUUCUUUGACUUUCAUUAUUCAUUUCAGAGAAUAUUAUUCUCUAGGUGUUCACAGGUGAGGACCUCCUGGGUGCAUGAGUAUCUAGAAUGUGGAUCAGUGGACCUUAUGGACUGUCUCUGGUAGGGAGACCAAUUGGAGAGGAGGAUUCCUUCUCUGAUCAUUAGAGGCAUAAUGUAGCUGUCUGCAUUUGUGUCAAAUAUCAGAAACAACAAUAAAUGACAUCUUGUCCCUUAACUUAAUGAGCUUUGAUCCAUCUAAGAGAGGGGGAUAAGAACUAUAGGACAGGCUGAGAAAUAAAACCAUAAAAAAGGAAUCUGUAGAAUUCCCAGAGGUCCAUGAGAAGAGGAGACUUCAAAUUAGGAGAAUGGAUACUGGCCAGAGUUACUGUUAAAAGCAUUAAGAUAAUAAAAGAAGUAAACAAUUCAAUAACUGAAACUGAGUAGAGGUGGGGCUAGGGCUGUUUUAUCUGAAGCAAUACCCUUGGAUUAUUUAUUUAUAUUUGAGAUGAAAAAAUAGAGAUGGAUAGAUAGAUUAGAUGAUAAAAAGAUUUCAUUUGCUAAUUCAGUUCUUAAAUGCUCACAAUAGGUGGGACUGAGCCAGGCCAUAGCUGGGAGCCAGGAACUCAAUUCAGUUCUCCUACAUAGGUGAUAAGGACCCAACUACUUGAUGCACCACAUACUUCCUUGGUCUUGUUCCUGUUUAUCUGAACUGUACUUAUAGAAUGACUAGUAAGUUACCAGGUGAUUAAUUUCAUUCCUUGUGGAAAGAGCACAGGCUUUUGGAAAACAAAUAGGAAACCUCAAAUAUUAUAGAAUUGUUUAUUAAUGCCUUAAUAGUAAAAUGCUUGGAGUAUUUAAGUAUUAUAGAGAAGUAAUGGAAAAGUGAGGUGAAAAAUGAGUUACAAGCAGAAACAUUUUCAUGAAAUGUAACCACUGGAAUAGAUAGAAUAAGACAAGCAGAAGUUAGUUACCAGAGAAUAAAAACAUGAAUCCUCUGAGAAUAAUCUGACACAAGUAAAAUCCCAGAAGUGAGGCAAAGCUAAGGAUGUUCCACAGAUGUGAUUGAAUCCACAUGUGUGUGAGGAAGCUGUGAAUUCUGUCUGGAAUUGGAAUUGGAAGUUGUAAAUGCAAAGGAAAUUGUUUUAACAAGGAGCAAUGUGGUCCAUUUAAAUUUUAGAUUAUUAUGUCAAUAUAAUGGUAGAUAAAAUUGAAAGCUUAGAAUGGAGGCAGAUAAAGAAAUUAAGAGGUUACUGAUAGAACAACCUGAAUCCAUGCCUCUUUCCUUUCAGCCAUUUCCAGUCCUGCUUGUCCAUCAUGGUAUUGUCCCUGAACAACUCAGGAACCCAGGUGACUGAAUUCCUGAUGGUCUGCUUCCCAGGCAUGCAAGAUACACAGCACUGGCUUUCUAUCCUCCUGGCUCCUCUCCUGAUCUUGGCACUUGGGGCCAAUGCUGUGCUACUAUUUGCCAUCUGGCAUGAAGUGUCUCUACAUGGGCCCAUGUAUUACCUGCUUGCCAUCCUCUCUGUUCUGGAUGUCAUCCUUUGCCUCACAGUCAUCCCUAAGGUCCUGCUCAUCUUCUGGUUCAAUAUGAAGCUUAUAAGCUUUGCUGGAUGUUUCCUGCAGAUGUUCAUCAUGAAUACCUUCCUUCCCAUGGAAUCUUCCACUUUUCUGGUCAUGGCCUAUGACCGCUAUGUGGCUAUUUGCCACCCUCUUCGCUACCCAUCUAUUGUUACUGAACAGUUUGUCAUUAAUGCCGCUUUCUUCAUCAUCUUCCGCAAUCUGCUAGCCACACUGCCCACUCCAGUUCUGGCUGCUAGGCUCAAUUAUUGUGCCAGCAAUGUGGUGGAGAACUGUAUCUGUGCCAACAUUUCUGUGGUGAAGCUCUCCUGUGGGAAUAUUCACUUAAAUAAAAUCUACCAGUUUGUAAGUGUUUGGUGCCUACUAGGUUCUGACCUGAUGCUCAUCUUGCUAUCUUACUGCUUCAUCCUGAGGGCUGUUAUGCGUCUACAGUCAAGGGGUGCAUCCACCAAGGCUUUGAGUACUUGUGGUUCCCACCUCAUCCUUAUACUUUUCUUUUAUACACUACUGCUAGUCUUCAUCUUCACAAACAAGGCAGGAAAGAAGAUUCCCUCAGAGGUACCUAUUCUUCUCAAUGUCCUGCAUCACCUCAUCCCACCAGCCCUCAACCCCAUCGUUUAUGGAGUGCGAACCCAGGAAAUCAAGCAAGGGAUUAUCAAGUUAUUUAAAAACAAGUACUGAGAGCUAUCAUUCAAAGACCAGGGAUUAUAGAUCAGAUUUUAUUGGUGACUCCAUAUGAAUGGCAGAAGAAUACAAUAUGACUUUCAUGAUGAUACUUUUAUCGUGAACGUAAACCCUCCUGAAUUACUAUCAAAAUUCUUAUCCUUACCCCUUCAUUUGCAAAUAUGUUUUGAACCUCUCCUUAAGUAUAAAUUAUCUUCUUAACUUUAUCUCUGUUCCAUCAUGGUUGCUCAAGUACUUAUUCAUUAAAUAAACAUUUAACACCUUCCAUGUAAUUCUCAGUCUUUAAAUUUUGCAUGAAUCUAAUAUUUAAUUUACAAUACUAAGAUGGAGAAGCAGUUUAAAUAGAACAUGAGGGUUAUGAAUGGGAACAGGAAACUAAUGAUGAUUUUCUUUAAAUAAUCCAGGUACAAAAUGGUAGCAACUUGGAUUAAGGUUUGAUUGAAAAUUCAGAUAAAGUGUCACAGCAGUUUCAGACUCCAUAUAAGGUUCAAAAGAUGGAUAGAAUUAAUUAAUCACCUAGGCUUUUAACAACAACGUUUGGAAUAGUGAAAUUGACAUAAUGAAGGAGUUAGUUUGGCAUGAGAUAUCAGGAAUUCAACUUUGGACACUGAACAUUAUUUUCAUACCAAAUACAUCCCCAUGAUUGUACUUUAGAAAUGACUGCUAAGUAUACACAUGUAGAAGUAUAAGUAAACAAGUGACCAUGACAGUUGUCAGAGACCAGAUCCAAGAUAGAUAUGGAAGCUUAAGUUAUCAGGGUACAUAUGUCAUUUAAAUCCAACUUAGAAGUGUGAUCUGAGGACCAUUAAAUUCUAUAUCUUUUUAAAGGAAGGUUUUUUCCAAAUGAUUCAUGCUGAGAAUCCACAGUUGUUUGCCACCUCCAGGGACUGUGAACUCAUUAAGGUUAGAAGCUGAGUUUAAUUCUUUUUACCUCUAACAUUUAGCAUUAAGCUUGGCACAUGGUAGAUGAUUUGUCAAUUACUUAAUAAAUGAUUUUGCGUAUCUCAAGACUUUUAUUCCUAUUACAUGGUGUCUGAAUGGGAGUCCUUAUCCAAAAGAUAAUACUUAUAAUAAUAAUAGAUAGAAUUAAAAAGGUGUGAAUACUCCAACAUGGGAAGCAGUCCAUACAGCAGACUCAUAGAAUGACAAUCACUUUAAGUAGCACUCUGACCUCAGCAUCAGCCCUUAAUGCAUUCUGGUCUGGCUGAAAAACCCACAAGAGCAUUUCAGGCAUGGAAAGCCAAGACACUGUGGCAAAAAUUGUCCUACAUGAAGGCCUCUGUGGGUGAAACCCCAGUGGAAAGAAGUGGUCAUCAAAGAUGGAUGUAUUUUCUCUGAAGGGAGGAGAGAACUUCACUUUGCCUAUGACCUUGUCUAAAUACUGAUGGAGUUUGUGGAUCCAAAGAGUUUCCAUAGCCUAGGCAGUUCAUGUAAAGAGCCUGAAGUGAUCACUAACAUCAUACAUAAGAGUGUUAAUUGUUAAAUUAACAGCAGGAGUCACUGUGCACUAACUUCCCAUGUAUGACCUCUGUACUCAAAGAAUUGAAUUAUGAGAGUUAAUAGUAAAACUUGUUCUCAAAGAUUUACUUCUUUUUAGUGUAUUAAGUGGAGGAUAGUCUUAUGCCUCAAGUUUUAGAUAAGCCUAAGUGCCCAAUUCUAUUGCUUGAUUCCUUGGGUGCUUCUUCAAUUAAUAAUAAAACUUGUUCUCAAAGAAAAAAAUAUAUUAUAGAAAAAAUUAAAAGAAAAAUAAGAAAGGAAGUAGGA